AUGUCGGAAAAAGAGAACGCAGCACAGCAGACUGCCGCUGAGCAGCAGAGUGACAAUGUUGCUCACGCUCUGGCUGGCGCAGGCGGUGGGCUGUUGUCCAUGGCAUUGACAUACCCAUUGAUCACUCUUUCCACACGAGCGCAAGUCGAGAAGAAGAAGGCGCAUACCGGUACCAUCUCUGCGGCCAAAAGGAUCUUGGAUCGCGAGGGGAUUGCAGGGCUGUAUGCUGGGUUGGACAGCGCCUUGUUCGGGAUCACCGUCACCAACUUCGUAUACUAUUACUGGUAUGAGUUCUCCCGCGCCUUCUUCCAACGCACCACCAAGAAGACCAACCUCAACACCCUCGAAUCCAUGGCCGCAGGCGCCCUCGCCGGCUCUGCCACGGUCCUCCUCACAAACCCCAUCUGGGUUAUCAACACGCGCAUGACCGCCCGCGAGAACGAAGCCGACGCCCUCCCAACAAAAGAAGGCGAAUCUCCAAAGAAGCAAAAACCAGGCACAAUCUCCACACUCCUCAAGAUCCUGCGCGAGGACGGCUUCACGCGCCUCUUCGCGGGUGUCCUGCCGGCUUUGGUGCUGGUCAUCAACCCGAUUCUGCAGUACACCAUCUUCGAGCAGUUGAAGCAGGUCGUAGAGAAGCGGAGGAAGGUCGGACCGACUGAUAGCUUCUUGCUUGGUGCGCUGGGCAAGCUUGCGGCGACGUCUAUCACGUACCCUUACAUCACGGUCAAGUCCCGUGCGCACGUUGCGAACAGCGAUGCUCCCAAGGAGGGCAUGACCGCUACCCUCAAGCGUAUCUACAAGGAGGAGGGUGUUGGUGGCCUCUAUGGCGGAAUCGGUCCCAAGGUCACCCAAUCCGUCAUCACGGCCGCCUUCUUGUUCGCCUUCAAGGACGCUCUUUAUGACAUGACCAUCAAGGCGCGCAAGACCUUGAGCAAGAAGGCUUAA